CAGCAGCAACAGCAGCAGAAGCUGCGUCGCAGCGCCAGCGCCAGCGGCAGCAGCGGCCAGCAGAGGCUGCGCAAGACUAGCUCGUGCAGUGCCAGCGGCAAGACGACGCCCACUCCGCACUCGCGACGCCCACAUCGACAGCACUCGAAUGCCUCCGAUUCAAUGCACAAACAGCAACAACAAUCACAGCAGCAACAAUCACAGCAACAGCAACAGCAGCAGCAGCAGCCGCGUCGUUACCAGCAAUCAAGUCGCGGUGGCAGCAAGGAGCGCGGCUCGGAGACGGCGCGACGGCGUGGCACGUCACGUCGUCACAGUGGCGCCUCCAUGCAGAGCGAGGCGGCGACAGCGACGGCGAUGGGAACGGAAAGGGGACAGCGCAGCGGGCAGCGAGCGCGUGGCACCAGCUCGGCGGCCAGCUCCUCGACCGCAUCCAGUUGCAAUGGCAGCUGCAGCUCCGACGAUGGCGACUCGACGCAUUCAUCCUCCUCGUCGUCCAGCUCGUCGGGCGAGCCGAAUCUGCCCUAUCCGGGCUUCCCGGAGAUUGCCAUGAAGGCCCUGACGCAGUACACGCGGCCGCGCAACUGGUGCCUGAUGCUCAUAACCAAUCCAUAUCCUUUUUUAUUGCAAGCAAAACAAAACCCAUAA